UCUCCGCAGCGGAGCCUCGUUAAAUCGCCCCGCUACCUGCGAUAGGUACGCAGCAAGCAGGCCAGCGAGCGUAUAUUGUAAACAAGUCCCGCCAAGCGAAGUUUGAGAAAGCGUGCACCGGUGGAUCGGGCACCUUGAGUUGGGAGUUUGCUUCGAGGCAUGUGAGGCGCGCGGCCGCUGAUCCAUGCUGCGAGGUCCGCAGCUGCUUCGGCGCUUGCUGCGGCCGCAGCCGCUGCUGCGACCGCGGCAACGGCGCGGGUGGUGUAGUGGUUCAGCACCAUCAGGAAACCCAGCGCCAGCGUCCAAAGGUCGCGGCGAUUUGCUCUCUCUUCGGCCUUCGGAGCUCGUGGACUUCCUGCGUUGCCGAGGCAUCCAGCGCUGCUACGCCGUGUGCGACGAUGGCGGCACUGUGCGCGUGUCGCACCCCGAACUGCAAGACCUGGCCGACUGGCUCAACUCGGGCUCCGAGCAGCAGUUCCGCUCCCACGAGGCCAUCCUCAUGCAGCUGGGUCUACGCACGGGGUGCCUGAUGACGGCCUUCCUCUGGCGCACCGACCGGGGACAGGCUUAUGGAGGCAUUCGGCUACAAUCGUAUUCAAGUGUGGAGCAGCUCUUGCGGGACGGCCUACGUCAGUCGACACUCUUGGGCAUCAAGGCAGCCCUGGCUGGCGUCUGGCUGGGUGGCGGCAAAGGCAUCAUUCCACAGCCAGAGAACAAGCAGCAUGUGCAGCCGGAAUUUCGGCAGGCACUCUUCUUUGAUUACGGCGACUUUCUCUCAUCUCUCAAUGGCUGCUAUGUGGCAGGCCUGGACGUCGGUGUGAAUAGCCAGGACAUGGCCAAUGUUCAUGUGCGCACGCACUGGGCUGUCAACGUGCCAGGAGACAUGGGCGGAUCUGCUAAUGCAGCCCCGCUGCUUGCUCGAGGUGUUGUGUGUGCUCUGGAGGCCAUGUUGGAGCACAGCCAGUUGGGCAGCCUGCGAGGCAAGAGAGUCUGUGUCCAGGGCGCUGGAAGCAUCGGACGGGAGGUGGCACUCAGCUUGGCUGACCAUGGUCUAGCACAGCUACAUGUCACGGAUGCCAACCAGAAGCGCUGCGACGACAUUGCCGACCUGCUUGCCCCACGGCUGGGCAGUCGGCUGCGUGUGUCACGUGUUCCUCAUGGUGAUAGGAGCCUGCUGGCCGAGCCGUGUGACAUCUUUGUGCCCUGCGCCAUGUCCCAUAUCCUGACUCCGGACACCAUCCCAACCAUGGAGGCCAAGAUUGUGUGCGGUCCGGUGAAUGAGCAACGACUCUCGGACUCGGACUGUGACCUCUUGAAUGAGCACGGCGUCCUGUAUGUGCCGGAGUACAUAUUCAACCGCAUGGCGGUGGUGAGCUCUGCAUACGAGAUGUAUGGACGCAUGCAGAAUGACCCCGAGAUGGAGAAACACUUUGGUUGCGAGUGGGAACACUCGAUUGGGUCCUUGGUGCGCCGCGUUCUGAGUGAAUCUGCAGACCGUGGGUGCAGCACUGUAGCCGUGGCCGACGAACUGGCCGAGCGCUGGUCGCGUGAGCCGCACCCGCUGUGGCCUGGGCGAGCGAGGGCAUUGCUCGCCGCCUUGUUGGCGCACGGAUGGCAUCGGGGUCGAGACUUCUGGCGGCAGAGGCAUAACUUUCCUAACACACACGGCUAUGCGUGAUGAUGAAGAUCAAGCAUCACUUAACAGAGGAACUAGUAUACAAUAAAGGCACUCGUUUGGUGCAUAUUAA